AUGGCAGAUUCCCAGCACACAUCUGCCCCCCACUGCUGGACCACCUGCACCAACUUCUUGUGCACCCUAAAGGGAAGUCUCCUGUUUGCUGAGAUUAUAUUGUGCCUGGUGAUUCUGGCCCUCUUCAGUGCUUCAACAGCAGGAUAUUCCUCUCUGUCUGUGAUUGAAUUGAUCUUUGCUUCUAUCUUCUUUGUCAUCUACAUGUGUGACCUGCACACCAAGAUACAAUUCAUUCACUGGCCUUGGAGUGAUUUCUUCCAAGCCCUCAUAGCGGCCAUCCUCUACCUGAUCACAUCCACUGUUGUCCUUCUUGAGAGAGGAAACCGCUCUGGGAUCAUUGCAGGGGCACUGGGCCUAAUUGCUACAGGCCUCUUUGGCUAUGAUGCCUCUGUCACUUUCCUCUUGAGAUAA